AUGACUGAAGACAAUUACAAACAGUCUAUCAGUACAGAAUCAAUCUUAUUAAAUGAUUCAGUCUUGUUUGUGGCUGAAAAAAUCCCUAAUCCUAUUUAUAACUUGCAAGAUUUUAAAGUGCCUGAAGUCCUUUCCAAGUUAAUUGAAAAUCUGAGGAUCCAGCCCAAACCCAUCCAAGCUUAUUCAUGGGGUCCAGCUAUACGAGGAAAGAAUAUGAUUGGCAUCUCUCCAUCAGGUUCCGGAAAGACUUGGGCCUAUACUGUCCCUAUUGUUGCCUCUCUCUGUCAGUACACUAUCUAUUCAGAUAUUAAAUUCAGCAAUGGCCCUUUUGCCCUUAUUCUUGUGCCAUCUUGGAGAAAAGCUAUUUCAGUUUAUGAACAAUGCAAAUGUAUAAGUCAAAGUAAUAGAGAAAUUAUUGUGGAAUUAGUGUAUGGAGGGGGAGAAGAAAACAAAAAAACAGUUACUUUACUGAAUGGCUGUCAUAUUCUUGUUGCAACAUUGCCUUGUUUCCUGAGAAUGUGGGAAUCCAAAUUCACAAAUUUGGAUCGAUUGUGUCAUUUAAUUAUCGAUGAUGCUGAUAUUUUGCUACAAGAUUUUUACAAAGAGAUUGUGGAUUUGAUGUGCAAAUACAAGAGCUUGGUAGAGUCUCGAGACAAAAACUAUCAACGCCAUCAGGUGAUGGCCUACAGUUCCAAGUGGACAUCAUAUAUCAAGGGGUUUGUGAAGAAUGCUGUUCAUGACCCUGCUAUUGUUAUCACAGAUAUGAUGGAAGCUGCUGUCUAUGGUUGUGUGAAACAAAUUCCAAUUAUGUGUGAAGAGUCUAGCCGAAAGGACCAGUUGGUAAAGCUUGUUCCACAAAUUAUAAAACAAGUUUGUUCUGAUAUGGCUUUAAGUGAUUUGUCUAUCAAUGAUGCCACUUGUGUUGUCCAUUAUCAAAUGCCUAAAAAGAAGAUUCACAUUGGAUUAAGAAUACAAACCAUGAGUAAUUAUUACCAACAUUACAACAGUGAUAAGGCUCCUGUCAAAAGUGUCAAGAGUUACAUUCUAAUAACAGCUCAGGAUAAAAAACAAGUGAAGAGUAUGCGGUCCUUUUUUAUGAGAAGCACUGAUGUUACUGACAAAGAAACUUGGGAUUUUCUAUCCAACAUACGUCAGAUAGAAGAUCUUGACCCUAAGAAGAAACUUUGCCUCAAUCUCAAAGCAUUUGGAAAAUGCAGGAAUAAGCAUCAGUGCAAUGAUCGCCAUUGUGUAGUGCCUUCUGUUGAUUUAAAUGGAGCUUCUUUGCAACAUAUUUACUUGCCUUUUCAAGGAGAUGUCCGAGUGAAAAUUUUGAAUGUGAAAACAGCUAAUAAUUUUUAUGUACGUAUUUUGGAGCACCAAAUUGGUACAACUAAAUCAAUUCAGAUCCACAGUGAUUUGGCCAGCCUGAUUAUGGGAAUGGCUGUUUAUUACAGUAACCAUUCCAACAGAAAAACUCUAGAUCACCUGACAACAGGGAUGUUAUGUAUUGUCAAUACCAGCGAACAGUUUUCCAGGGUAAAAGUUCUACAACCAUACAACAAUGCUUCCAAGAACACUGCUCAGUUGUUUUUUGUUGAUAUUGGAAAAGUGGAAAGUCAUCCAAUCUGCAAUUUGUAUCAACUGGCUGAUGAAUUCAAGGCAAUUCCAUUCCAGGCUGUUGAAGUGUUUCUCUGCCGUUUACAUCCAGUAGACUUUGACAUUGAAUGGACACCAGCUGCUAACUCAUUUGCAGAAAGCUGGCUUGAAUCCAAAAUGCUUUAUGGCAAAAUCAGAUUUGUAAUGGACAAUACUCUCUGGCUUGAUCCUAUCCUAGAACGGACUUUCAUGAAGGCUAUCAAAACGGUCACUAAUGGUCCAAGUUUACGCAGAGAACUGAUUAACAACAAUCUUGCUAUUGACAAUCCUCAACAUUUAAUACAGCUACAUAAACUAUUUGAGGGCUACGUUCCUAAACUGAUACCUUCAAACACUCUGCCUUCAAGCUGUUCAACUUGGGAAUUUAAUCUUGAACACGAAACAUUACAGGCAGGUGAUGAUUAUGAAAAUGUCACUAUCUCAUAUAUUUUUAACCCCGAACACUUCUAUGUUCAAAAGCUGGAUAUGAAAAUAUGUUUAAAUGAUUUGAUGAUGAAGAUCCAAGAGAAAAUGGGUCUCCAGACUGAACCACAGCGAAAGAGAGAAUGGAUUACAGGAAUGCAUUGUCUUAGCAAAUCGUCACUGGAUUCCAGGUGGUACAGAGUGAUUAUUUUAAGUCUUCUGGAAUCCCAAGCAGUUGUCCAUUUUGUUGACUAUGGAAAUAUGGAAGAAGUUUGUAUUGAUGAGUUGCAAACUAUGCCCCGAGAGUUAACAUACCUACCUUCCCAGGCCAUUGAAUGCAAAUUAGCCCAUAUAAAGUCAUCAGGUGACCAAUGGUCAGCACAAUGUAACAAUAUCAUGUACUAUAUGUCCCAGACUGCAGAUAACAUAUACAAAACACUUGCUAUAAAUGUGGUUUCUGAAGUACGUACAGAAGAAAAACUGCCUCAAUAUUGUGUCAAUUUGCUGGAUACAAGUUAUGAGCGAGUGAUCAAUAUUGCCCAAGAACUUAUAUGGUGGAAAAUGGCAGCUCCAAAUGAUGACCAUUUUAAGCUCUUGUUCCCAGAACCAGUUACUGAACAAAUAUUUUACUCUGCUGCUGACAAAAUUGCUGAGAUGUGUGCAAUAUUCUACCAUGAUGAUGUAAGUGGAUUCAUUCAAUUGACCAAUGCCAUGUAA